AUGCCUAUCAUCAAGAACUUCACCCUACCGGCCUCUGCCAAGCUCCUCGAAGUCCCCGAGGGUCCCAAGGCUAAGCUCUUCCUUGCGUUCAUCUCCGGAGAUGACGCUAUCACCAAGCAGCCAUGGUGUCCCGACGUUCGCGCCGCACUGCCGCACAUCGAUGCCGCGUUCACUGCGCCCGAUGCGCCGACUGUAGCUUACGUCUCUGUGGGAGAGAAAUUACAAUGGAAAGAUCUCAAGAACAUCUACCGCACGCAGUGGAAGGUCAACAAUGUCCCUGCGCUGGUGCGUUAUCAGCUCGUUAAGGGAGAGGUCUCUGAGACCGGGCGGUUGAUUGAGGCGGAGAUUUUGGAUAAGGCGAAGCUUCAAGCUUUCCUUGCUUGA